AUGCGGGUACCUCGCUGGCGUCCUCGCCAAUGCAGACGUCUACUCGUGGCAACGAUCGCGUGCCGCGGCAGCCGUCCGCGAAGGAGCACGCGACGCUUGACGUCUACUCCAGCGCCGCUUUCAACCGCACCGCAGCUCGGCAAAGGAAGUGCGCGGCGGAAUGCGAGCCCGUCGCACUGUGGCAGCGAGAAGGAGCACCAUCUCCGGCACCUCCUGCGACGCUACCACGGCUACGUCGAGGACGAACUGCAGCCACAACUGGAACGCCUCAAAGCCGCGCUGCGGGACAACGAGGCGAGGCGCACGCGUCUGCACGCCGACAACGUGAUACUCACGAAACAGCUUCAACGACUUGAAUCCGCCGGCACCGCCGCGACGAGCCCGCUGCCCGCCGACUCCACUCCGGCGAACAGCACGGCGUUUGCUGCGUCGGCGCCAAGCGCACACGAGGCUCACGGAGGCGGCAACGAGGCAGAUGAGCGCCUGCGUGAGGCCUCCGCGGAGGUUGCGCUGCUCAAACGGAAGCUUGAAAGCCUGCAGCGGCAGCGUGCCCGUUUGGACCGACACGUCGGCGACGGCAACGUGCAGCUGUCGCCGUCGCCGCCAGCCUCGUCUCCCGUCUCGCCGUCGUCUAUCGAAAGAAGUGAAGGCCAGGAGGUGGCACGAGCAGAACUGGAGAGGCUGUGCCGCGCUUUAUCUGAAGACGGCCUGGGCUUCACGGAGGCGUUGAGUGCCGUGCAUGAGCGACUAAGCGCACGUCGAAGUGGGGUGGCUGAAGUCGUCACCAGCAGCGGCGGAAAGGACGUGAAGGAUGGUGCUCGUGCAGCUCCCGUGCGCAGUCCCAACCCGCUGAAAGCGGCCGUAGAAGAGUGGCGUCGGUUUGCGCGACUGACGGCGUCUCCGCCGCUCUCCACCAACUCCGCCGUGCCCUCAGCAGAAGGCAAUCUGCUGACUACCGACUCCGACGUGUGCUUCGUGUGCACGACGGUGCUGAAGGCACUCGCCGCCACUCUGCAGACGGAGCACAGUGCGGUAGCGGCCGAGGUAGAGGCGGCGCAGCAGGCAGAGAAGCGCCUUGGAGAGUCCGUGGCACGUCAGCAGCGCGUGGUCGAGCAGGUCCGGCGAGAGGCAGAGCGGCGCAUGGAGGAGCUGGAGGCGGAUCACGAGGUUGAGGUUCAAACCUUAGAGAACGCUAUAGCGGAGUUGGAGCAGCAGGUGAGCAUGACGGCUGCGAGUCGUCGUCCGUGGACCGCGGGGCUGCUCAUCCAUCGUCCAGUGGAUGCACCGGCGGUGAGUUCAGUGAUCAGCUCCAACGCACGCGGCAGUCAAGAGAUGUCCGCGGCUCGACGGGGACCGGCGGCUCGCAGCGGCGGUGGUGGCAGCGGCAGCACUAUUGAAGACUUCAGCAACGCACGAGGCGCAGCAGGCACACGAACCGGCCCCGCCGCGGAUCGCGCCGACGCAGAGACGCAGACGGCCCUUUCGCUGGAGUGGAUUCAGGCGUGUCUGCAGAAGGCUCGCGAGGGACCGAUGCGGUUGGUGCGGCGAGAGAAGGAGGCGGAGUUGGUCGAGUUGAUGUCAACCGAGAUCGAAUCGUUGCGGCAGCAGCUGACGGACUCGCGGGCUGUGGCGACUCGACUGCGCGAGGAGCAGCGCCGCUUUCUGGGCGACGUGACGCUGCCGCUCAGCUACUUCGACGACUUCUCUUCCUUCCCGUCGAACGUGUAA